UUCCUGUAUAUAACUUUCCCCGGGAAGGGGAUUUGGCGCGAGCUGCUCUGUUGUUGUCGCCGCAUUUUGAGCAGCUGUCAUUGAGGAAAAAAGGACAGAAAAACAGCACAAAACUACAAGUUAUGGCUCCCGUGUCAAACCCGGACAAAGACACGGACCCCGACGAUGGGAGUCUGGCCAAGUCUCGCUCCAGGCGGGAGAAGAGGGAGAAGGUCGGGAGGAAGUCUGCGCUGGAGCAGCUCAAGAAAGCGAAGAUGGGGGAGAAGAUCAAGUAUGAGGUGGAGGAGUUCACCAGCGUGUACGAAGAGGUCGACGAGGACCAAUACUCAAAGAUGGUUCAGGAGAGACAAGAGGACGACUGGAUCAUCGAUGACGAUGGAACAGGCUACGUGGAGGACGGACGAGAAAUCUUCGACGAUGACUUGGAUGAAGACGUAGUAGAGAGCAAAAAAGGACAAGGAGCCAGAGGAGCGGACUCAAAGAAAGCCACGAAGAAGUCGGCCGUGUCUAAGCCCAACACCAUUAAGAGCCUCUUCAUGAACAGUAAUGUUAAGAGACCUGCUGAGAAGGACGUGGACUUGUCCAAGGACGACCUGUUAGGAGACAUCUUACAGGACCUGCACUCUGAGAAAUCGACUCUUCUGACUCCUCCACCGGUGGUCACUCUGAAGAAGAAGAAGUCUCUGGGAUCACCCAUGAAUCCCUUCUCCAUCAAACCUCAGGUGCCGAAGCAGGAGUCGCCCUCGGCUACGGCGUUAAAGGCCAAAGUGAUCCGACCGCCGCCUUCAGACCCCGCCCCCAGGCCGCCGUCCCACCGUCCUCCAUCCACAUCCGUCCGUCCUCCGGAAAAGCAGAAAGUGAAAGUGAAAGUGGAGGAGAUGCAUGAAGAAGACGAUGAAGUGAACGAUGCCAGUGCAUUCGAUGGGGUGGACUUUGAUGAACCGAUGGAGGUUGGGCUCAAAGAGGAGGAGGAGGAGGAGGAGGAGAAACCUGCAGUGAAAGAAGAUGCUGAGCCUGAACCUAAAGCAGCAGUUAAAGUUGAGCCCAAAGCUGAACCUCAAGACCUUCUAUCCGGGAGAAUCGAAAGCUCCUGGGGACAAGAUGAUGAGGGUGGAGCGAGUGAAGCUCCUGCAGAGGUGCUGGUCGACUCCAGCAAACUUCCUCUGGUGGAGGGACCGGACGGGGAGCAGGUUUUCCGCUUCUACUGGUUGGACGCCUUUGAAGAUCAAUACAACCAGCCAGGUGUCGUCUACCUCUUUGGGAAAGUGUGGAUCGAGUCGGCCAAGUUCCACGUGAGCUGCUGCGUUUCCAUCAAGAACAUAGAGCGAACCAUGUACCUCCUGCCCCGAGAAUACAAAGCAAACCCCAAGACUGGGGAGGUGUCGGACACUCCUGUGGGGAUGAUGGACGUCUACCAAGAGUUCAGCUCGCUCUCUGAGAGGUUCAAGAUCAUGAAGUUCAAGUCCAAGAAAGUGGAGAAGAAUUAUGCUUUUGAAAUUCCUGAUGUGCCCAGUCAGUCCGAGUACCUGGAAGUCAGAUAUUCUGCUGAAUUCCCAGCGCUGCCCUCUGACCUGAAGGGGGCGACCUUCUCCCACAUUUUUGGAACCAACACCUCCAGUCUGGAGCAUUUCCUCCUCAGCCGCAACAUUAAAGGCCCCUGUUGGCUGGAUAUCAAGACACCACAGCUGAUGAACCAGCCGGUCAGCUGGUGUAAAGUGGAGGCGCUCGCUCUCAGGAGCGACUUGGUCUCUGUGAUCAAAGACCUGCCUCCUCCGCCCGUCACCAUCAUGUCCAUCAGCCUCAAGACCGUCCAGAACCCCAAGACGCACCACAACGAGAUCGUGUCUCUCGCUGCACUCGUCCACUAUCAGUUCCACAUGGAUAAAGCUCCUCCUCAGCCUCCGUACCAGACUCAUUUCUGUGUUGUCAGUAAACCAGCCGACUGCAUCUACCCGUACGACUUCAAAGAGGCUGUGAAGAAGAAGAACGGGAAGGUGGAGAUUGCUGCUACAGAACGGACUCUGCUCGGUUUCUUCCUGGCCAAGAUGCACAAGAUCGACCCUGACGUGCUUGUGGGUCACGACAUCUUUGGUUUUGACUUGGAAGUUCUUCUGCAGCGGAUCAAUGUGUGCAAGGUUCCACACUGGUCUAAAAUUGGACGCCUCAGGAGGGCCAAUAUGCCCAAACUGGGGGGCCGUGGAUCCUUUGCAGAGAAGAGCGCCACCUGCGGGCGCCUGGUGUGCGACGUGGAGAUCUCGGCCAAGGAGCUGAUUCGCUGUAAAAGUUAUCAUCUGACUGAACUCGCUGCACAGGUGCUGAAGACGGAGAGGAUCGUCGUGCCCCCGGAAGACAUCAAAAACCUCUACAGUGACUCUCCUCACCUGCUCUACCUGCUGGAGUUGACCUGGACAGACGCUAAGAUGAUCCUGCAGAUCAUGUGUGAGCUGAACGUGCUGCCUCUCGCCCUGCAGAUCACCAACAUCGCUGGAAAUGUCAUGUCUCGUACUCUGAUGGGCGGCCGCGCUGAGAGGAACGAGUACCUGCUGCUUCACGCCUUCCACGACAAAAACUACAUCGUCCCUGACAAACCCUCCUUCAAAAAGACCCAGAUGGAGAUGGCCGAAGGAGAAGAAGAUGUUGAUGCAGGGAAAGGGAAGAGGAAGAAGAAAGCAGCCUAUGCUGGAGGUCUGGUGCUGGAUCCCAAAGUCGGUUUCUACGAUAAGUUUGUGCUGCUGCUCGACUUCAACAGUCUGUAUCCCUCAAUCAUCCAGGAGUUCAACAUCUGCUUCACCACCGUGCAGAGGGAGGCAUACAACUCGCAGAAGAAGAAUGAGGUGGACGAGGCCGAGGAGAUUCCUGAGAUUCCAGACUCGGACCUGGAAAUGGGAAUCCUGCCCAAGGAAAUCAGGAAGCUGGUGGAACGGCGUAAACAGGUCAAGCAGCUCAUGAAGCAGCAGGACAUCAACCCGGACCUCUACAUGCAGUACGACAUUCGUCAGAAGGCUCUGAAACUCACCGCCAACAGUAUGUACGGCUGCCUGGGGUUCAGCUACAGCCGCUUCUACGCCAAACCGCUCGCCGCCCUGGUCACGCACAAGGGCAGAGAGAUUCUGAUGCACACGAAAGACAUGGUUCAGAAGAUGAAUCUGGAAGUCAUCUACGGGGACACCGACUCCAUCAUGAUCAACACCAACAGCAAGUCUCUGGAGGAAGUCUUCAAACUCGGCAACAAGGUGAAGGCAGAAGUAAACAAGCUGUACAAGCUACUGGAGAUUGACAUUGAUGGUGUGUUCAAGUCGCUGUUGCUGCUGAAGAAAAAGAAAUACGCGGCCCUGGUGGUGGAGCAACAUGGGGAAGGGAAAUACGGUGUCAAGCAGGAGCUCAAAGGUUUGGACAUCGUCCGCAGGGAUUGGUGCGGCCUCGCCAAGGAGUGUGGCAACUAUGUGAUUGGUCAGAUCUUGUCCGACCAGAGCCGCGACACGAUCGUGGAGAACAUCCAGAAACACCUGGUGGAGGUCGGAGAGAAGGUGUCCAGCGGAUCCAUACCACUCAACCAGUACGAGAUACACAAGGCGCUCACUAAGGAUCCUCAGGACUACCCAGAUAAGAAGAGUCUCCCUCACGUCCACGUCGCUCUGUGGAUCAACUCCCAAGGUGGUCGCCGGGUCAAAGCCGGAGACACCGUUUCCUACAUCAUCUGCAAGGACGGCUCCACGCUGGCAGCGAGUCAGAGAGCCUACGCCUUGGAGCAGCUCCAGAAGCAGGAGGGCCUCAGCCUGGACGUCCAGUACUACCUGGCCCAGCAGGUGCAUCCCGUGGUGUCUCGCAUCUGUGACCCCAUCGAGGGCAUCGACAGCGUGCUCAUAGCCACGUGGCUGGGUCUGGACCCGAGUCAGUUCCGGGCUCAGCAGCAGCACCAGAGGGAGGAGGAGGCCGACGGCAUGCUGGGGGCCCCGGUGCAGCUGACCGACGAGGAGCGCUACAAAGACUGCGAGAAGUUCACGUUCACCUGUCCUCAGUGCGGCACUGACAACAUCUACGACAGCGUCUUCGAUGGAGCUGGUGCACAGGUGGAGCCCAGUUUGCUGCGAUGCCGUCACAUCCCGUGCGGGUGCAGCCCCGCCGACCGCAUCGUCAACAUCAGCAACAAGCUGCUACUCGACAUCCGUCGCCACAUCAGGAAAUACUACUCCGGCUGGUUGGUGUGCGAGGACCAGGCCUGUCAGAACAGGACCAGACGUUUGCCCAUCGCCUUCUCCCGACACGGACCCAUCUGCUCCGCCUGCACCCGAGCGACGCUUCGACCCGAGUACUCGGAGAAGGCCUUGUACAACCAGCUCUGCUUCUACAGAUUCAUCUUUGACUGGGACUAUGCAGUCGCUAAAGUACUACAGCCUGAUGAAAAAAGUCACGUUACCAAGUUCGCCCCGAUCAAAGACGCCUACCGGAAGCUGAAGGAAGUGCCGGACAAAGCCUUGGCCUCCAGCGGCUACUCGGAGAUCAACCUGGCCAAACUCUUCCAGGCUUUCUCCUCCCUCAAGUAAAAACACACACACAUCCUUAAAAAAAAAAAAAAAAGACAAUAACGCCCGGGGGAGGUUCGCGACGCCCGACUCAAAGCUGGACGUGUCACCUGUUCCUUUCUCUCUGUUAUUGGUUUCCAAACUAUUGAUGAUUUUCGAGCGUAAAACCUCCAUCUUCCUCAGACCUAAUGGGCUUGUUAUACGUCUUCAGACCCCAAUCACAUCAUCCCUUUCUCCCGGCUCCUUCGCACAGACGCCGCACUCGUGACUUGACCCCAUCACCCUGACUCUGUAUGGUAAAGGGGAGUAGCAAUCAUACCUAAAUGACAGUCUAUUGUAUGUGCAGAGGCUAGCUGGGGCCAGGUGUGUGUGUGUGUGCGCGAGUGUCAAAAUGACUCGGAGCCGCCAGUAUUCUCCAAAUGCCGCUAAUUAGCCAAUGAUAGUGACCCGGGCCGCUAAGACCACUGGAUGCCCGCAGCGAUCGGACACUUGUUCUGAUUGCCGCCAUUCAUCCGCCGGUGUGAUCGCGUGUGCGCGUCAGAUCAGUGGAAGGAAGAAAGAAAGAAAGGAAGGAGCGAGGAGGAUGCGGGGAGUGACGGGGUGAUGGAGGCCACACGCGCCGUCUCCCCUCGUCUCUUUUGUCCCAAUAUCGAACAGCUGAUCUCCUUCUCCUCCGCCGCUUCUGUUUAACUGAUGUUAUUUCAUCCCUUUCACUUCUUCCCUCCCAGUUCAGUUCUGUGCAAAUUAUUAUUAUUUUUUUUUUUAAACCCGUGUAAUUUUCUAUGUAUCCGAGUUGAGUUUCUCAGAAUGUUUCUUUUGUAAUGAGCAGAGUAUUGGGUAUUUUGAUAAACCUUAAUAAAUAAAUAAAUUUAAAAAAG